CGCCGCGGCUGAUCGGAUCAAUGUAUGUCCGGCGCAGAUCGUCGAGCUUGAGCUAUUUAUCUUCUUUAUGCAGGCGAGCUUUGAAUAAUGGAAACAGACAACCAAACCAACGUCAAAUUCGAGAACUGAUGGAAGGCGACUGGGGUUGGGCAGAAAUACAGAUAUCUGAUUGCUGUUCGCCCAACGAUCUGUUUGGCAUUCCUUGAUUCGCAAUUCCCACCUCAGUUGCCCGGGUUUUCUUUUCGUAAUGGCUGAAGUCGCGGGGGCUCUCCCACCUCAACCCGCCGCAAAGGUAUCGGAUAUAAUCAAGAAUUAUAGAGCAUCAAAGUCUUUUCGAGGAACUCCCAAACCGGAUGGGCUCCCUAGCAAUGUUACCUCUUUGGAUUUCGACGACCAAGGCGAUUACCUGGUAGCGUCCGGAGACGAUGAAACACUACAAGUAUUUGAUAUUAAGGAAGGGAAACUGACCAAGACUGUCCCAAGUAAAAAAUAUGGAGUGCAUCUGGCAAAGUUCACCCACCACUCGCGCCAGAUACUUCACGCCAGCACGAAGGUGGACGACUCGUUACGGCUUUUAGACUUGCACAAUGAAAGUUAUCUUCGAUACUUCGCCGGUCAUACGGACAGGGUUACCUCACUUGCAGUUUCUCCAGGGACAGAUGCGGUUUUGUCUUGUUCCAAGGACGAUACCGUUGCGUUGUGGGAUCUCAAUUCGAGGAACGCCCAAGGGAAACUUAAACUAGCUACCCCUUAUCUAGUUGCCUUUGACCCGUCGGGUUCAGUCAUAGCAAUUGCCUCUCAGUCUACAUCGUCAGUACUACUCUACGACUUUAGAAACUAUGACAAGCCUCCUUUUGCGACAUUUGACCUUGCCCCACAAGAAGACCGAUUCACCCCUUCGACAAGGGGCAGGGCAUGGACCCGCUUGGAGUUUUCUAAUGAUGGCAAGCAUCUUCUUGUCGGAACAGACUACCACGGUCAUUUCCUAUUGGACGCCUUCGAGGGUAAUAUUAAGGCGUUUUUAAUCGGUAAAAGUGGACCCACUGGACGUGCUGCCCCUGUCUCGAGUUCUGGAAAACCAUUAGGCCAGGGGGACGUUUGUUUUACUCCAGAUGGACGUUACGUGCUUGGCGGUGCUGGCGAUCAAUCUGAUACUCUCGUCUGGGAUACCCAACAAUCUCCGGACGCCAGUUUAUUCCUUAAGCCCGCGUUCCGCCUGCCAUACCGUGCCCGCUCCGUUAUCGUGCAAGCCAAUCCGCGGUAUAACAUGUUCGCAACAGCAGACAAAGAGAUCACGUUCUGGCUCCCAGAUGAUAACGCUAAGCCGGCCGAAAAAUAAAAGGGCUUUCUAACAAGUUCGUUUAUUAAGGACUAUCUGAUUCGAAAUGGUGUUUCCAAAACCCUCUCUUCAAGGCUAGUUGGUAUAUGGGUAAUAGGGUAAAUAGAUUAAUCCUCUUGCCGAUGUCUAUCGAAGAUCCAUAACACGGCGUUCGCCGCAUCAUGGGAGGCAUGACUUUUCUAUAUAUUUGGUAUCUGUUUUCAGGCCUUCCUAUUGCUGUCCUUGCCAAUCAAACUUCUGGCUGUAUCGCAUAUCCAAACUAGGGGGCCUGACAAUUCGUCAUCGCCAUUUCUGUUUUCCUCGACAAGGACUUCGAUCUGCUUAGCUACCGUCCGAUUGCUCGAGAUCGUCAUGAGGCCAGUUGCCCAGCCAUACAGGAACACGCUUGUGUUAAUGUCGCUUAAUUGGCUCGCAACUAUGCGAGCGACAGGCGGCAAGACACCGUCUGCCCAGCCCCGUUCAAUUUCUGCAUGGGCAUUUACUACUCUAAUGGGAAUGUUCCAAUUUAAAGGAACUUUGUGGUCCGAUAACUCCUGGAACUGGGAUAUCAAAUCCUCUCUAUCACAGUUUAUAUCCCCCGCCAUCAUUAUUUUCGUCCUUUUCUUCUCAAUUGCAGUACCGAUUGUCUCAACUAUUUCAUACAUUCUCUUGGCGGCUUCUUCAGUGCAUACAAGCUGCCUGUCUCCCAUUGCCGGCCAAAGUUCAGAGGUGACCAACGGCUGUUUUGCCUCGAGUUCAAUCUGGCGGGUUAUUGCGGGAUGAUGACCGGCUGAUGGAUCAAUAUUUUGGAAAUGCGAUAAAUCGGACACUAGAGCAAGGAGUAAGGUACAGUCGACAUUUAAUGUAGAGGUCAUAUGUGGAUGAGGAUUCGGUAGUAGUGUCAGAAGAAGCUCUUCCACUGUCUUGGUUUGGUGGUGGCCGUUAUCUUUUCCAUUGGGGGCUGCCAGCAGCUUGGCCGCAUCUUCUGUGUCCGUGCUACACUCUACUGUAACACCGGUUUUUCGAAUAUCUUUAAUAAUGGCAUCAACCUCGGGGGUUUCCCCCUCCACAAUUUUUGGGAGCACAAAACGGAUCCGAGGAUGCUUAUAUCUGACUCUGACUAGGGCAGCCGCCUUUUUCAUGUCCGUAGCAAGCCUUACUAAUUCGAUGGUAUCCUCGUCAUCAUCGUCGCUGUCAUCAUCAUUCUGUAGCCUAUAGACCUCGGCUCCUUGCGCCUCCCCAUCUUCACUGGUCGAGUCACAUCCCAUUUCCCAGCCCCUUUUGGCCAACUCGAACAGUAGCCGACUAGUAGUGACAGUAGACACCUUGACCCACUCCUCCCCGUUGUCAGCUACUAUAUCCACCAGCACACUUCUCUUCUGCAACCCUACUUUGCUCAAAUUUUCUUCGACCGCCUUGUGCGCAUCUGCCGAAACAUGUAAUCCCUGUAUUGAGCGCUCAAGAUCUCGGAUUGAAGUCGGCGUAGCUAUCCCGUCCAUUCCAUCUCUUCCAGAUCCAUGAGCAUUGCGCUUAGCUUUGUACCAGUAAAAACGCUUGCUGAACGCAACCAGACCACAACAACUCGAUUUUGACACGUUCCACACAGAUGAAUAGAACGGGAG